AUGUUUCUAGCUAAAAUACCACUGUAUUGGCAUCUAAUGAGUUUGAUAUUCCUUAGUCCACCGAUGGAAUUUCAAUGUGAUAACCUUCAACAGUCCAUAGAAAAAGAACACGGAGGAUGCCCUUGUGAUAAUCCUUCUUGGAACAGAAGUGUUUUUACAGAGACGGCUCAAACAAAAUUUGGUUUGAUAUGUGAUAGAGCAUGGGUGAUCAGCUUCUCGGAGAGUAUGCUUUAUGUGGGCACCUUGAUUGGAUCCCUGGUUUUUGGAUUUAUGGCCGAUAAGUAUGGUCGCCUCUUAAUGUUUUCGUUAUGCUGUCUUUGUGUGGCUACAGCAGGAUGCCUCGUCAGCGUCAUGCCGACUGCCGUUUCAUACAUAAUUAUGCGAUGUUUGGAAGGAAUAGGCACUGGAGGGGCCAUUGUCACUGGUUUUGUAUACAUAAUAGAAUACUGCGGUACGAGGUACAGAGAUAUAGUAGCAGCACUAUAUCAUAUCCCUUUAACAAUCGGCCACGUAACUUUAGCUGGAGUAUCAUAUUUGUUAAGGAAUUAUAAUAAGUUGCAACUGGCUUUAUCUGUUCCAAUGUUUGUUGUGGCACUCUCGGGGCUGUUGAUACACGAGUCGCCGAAAUGGCUGAUGGACAGUGGUAAAAUUGAUAAAGCAGCUGAAGUCAUAAAGAAGAUUGAUAAGUUUAAUAAUACAUCUACUAGCGACAACAUACGAAUAGAAAUGGAACAAUAUCGCGCAGCUCUACCAAAAACUGCCCGCAACAAAGAGAAUUUCUUCCAAAUCUUCAAAUACAAGAAGCUGCUUGUAAAUUUUUUGAGCAUGUCUGCUAUAUAUUUAAUAUGCGGAAUGGUAAUAUUCUUGUACGGUGUGGAACUAUUCCCAACUGGAGUUAGAAACUCUGUUUUAGGCGUGUUGUCUGUCCUUUCUAGAAUAGGGAUGAUUAUUGCACCACCUGUUAAUUCAUUACAUCAAACUGUAGCUGGAACAAUUUUUGGCGUAUCGGCAAUUUUAGGAGCACUUUUGUGUUAUCCAUUGCCGGAGACUAAAUAUGUAGCAUUGCCGUCUACUAUGGACCAUUCUAGAGCAUUGCAUCGAAAAUCACUACGAGAGUCUUUUUCUUUACAAAAUAGACAACCUUCAGGUGCACAAUAA